GGGGUUGCUGGAGGAAGAUGGGUUACAGCUGGUGGAGUGGGCUGGGGACCCCAACUUCUGUCCCUCCCUGCCACUUACUCCUCUUUCGAGCAUCCCACUUUGCCAUGCUCUGACCCAGCGGGGGGCACAGUGGGACAGCUGCUGCUUGGCUGACAGAUUUUGAAGAGAUUGGUAGUAGACUAGAGACCAAGCUGAGCCUGGCCUGCUCAUUUUACUGGUGACUUAAGAAGGAUUUGCAGUGUCAAAGAUGGAAAAGGUGCAGUCCUAUUUAACGUUGGAUGAAGAUGACUUGCUCUCUGACCUAAGCAGUGGGGACCUAGAGAUGUUGCUAUCAUUGCUGCUGGGUAAGGUACAUGAAAGCGAAGUGAGAGUGAGCACAGAGAAGGAUGAGAUCAUGAGACUUGAGACAGAAAUAGCACAAUAUGUCACAGAAAGAGAGAACUGUCUGUCACUGGCAGCACAGAUUGUGCAUUUGCAUCCAGUAUUGGAAGAGGAAUUCAAGACUCGAGAACAACUUCAAACUGUUGCAGCUGAACUGAAAAGGCUGAAAAAGGAUAUUGCUCAAGAUACCAGCGAGCAGCCAGAUGCAGCCAAAUUAGAACAGUUGAUAGCUGAAUCAGAAACCAUGAUAACCUCUCUCCAUCAGAAACAGCGUAUGGUUAAAAGCGAGAAAGUCCAUCUGACUAAGGUACUGGAGACCACCCAAAAUACCCUUUCCGAGGCACAGGCAGAAAGCCAUGCAGCUGAUCAGGAGCUGCUUCGCUUGCAGAAGGAAUGUACUGAGCAAGCUAAUGUGAAGUCUCUGGGGGAUAAUGAAGCUGACAGACAGCUGGAUGCCUGCAUCAGACAGCUGGGAGUGUUAAACCUCCUCGCUAGGAAAAAGUGAACUUUCUGUCUCCAGCAGGGGAUGUGUUAGUCAGUAGACCUGAAGUUCCAAAUUCCACUUGGAGAAGAUGUAGGCAAGUAGGAAGUGUGUGGCCACCAGUACACAGAGCCUCUGUUGUAGGAGGCAUGGGAAGAGACACCACCUUGAGCAUAGCUGUACUGGGUUAAGCAGCCUGACAGCUCCCCAGUUUGAUUUCAUUUUAUUUCAUUCACCUUUCAGCUGUCCACCAAGACAUAGCAGCAAAAUAAUUUCAUUGUUCUUCCCCAAUCUCAUCUUCUCUGGGUGCAGCUUGGGGGACAUGAAGCAAAACCUGCUGUAUGAUGAAUUCUACUGCUCUGUUUCAUGUAUGCAGGGUUUCAUUUUCAUAAAUAUUGAGACUAGUCCAAUGUUUUGUCAUUGGUGUCAGGGAUGCAGAGACUAAAGGAAACCAGUGAUUUAAGUCGGUCCAAUUUCAGCCAAACUCUCCUGGCAUCAGCCAUUUCCAUGUCAGUGCACCCUGGUUUGUGUUGGUGCUUCCCACCCAACAAAAGAUUUCCCUUUCCAGCUAGUAGUCUAAUUUCCCUGUUUAGAUAGGCCAUAUCCACUGCGCCGAUGCACUUCUAUUGCUGUCUCAUUCCACUUCACAUGGACCUAUUACCGUUCUUUGGACUGGGUUGCCUUGAAGUUUCUCCAUAUCGAGAGUGGAAUAUCUCUAGGAAAUCUGUGAAGAUCAUCAGGUGUAUGUGACACAGAACUGGAGACAGAAGCCAUUUACUGAUCUGGAAGCUGGCCAGCUCAUGGGAGGCUAUGUACAAAAUUGUGGCUAGCUGUAAUUGUAAUGCAGUGUGGCUAGAUUUCUAGAAUGCUCUGAACAGAGACAUGUUUUUGCAUAACUUCAAAAUAAAGUCAACUUUCUUACUUAA